AUGCGGACGCCCUGGACGCCGAACCGCUACCCAGCCACGUUCCGUUCCGAACACUAUGACGAAUACGAGAGCGAGAAGAAACACGGCAAAGAGCGUGUCCAUGACCCAUACAACUGGCUAGAGCACAACACGGAAGAGACCGAGAAGUGGACGGCCACCCAAGUCGCGUUCACCAGAGAGUACCUGGACCAGAAUUCAGACAGGCAGAAACUCGAGGAUGAUAUUAGGAGAAACACGGAUUAUGCCAAGUUCUCUGCCCCAAGCCUGAAAGACGAUGACCGGUGGUACUGGUAUUAUAACAGCGGCUUACAGCCUCAGUCAGUCAUAUACCGAUCCCGAGACAGAGCACUUCCCAACAUGAGCAAGGAAGAAGGUCCUGGCGGAGAGGUAUUCUUCGACCCCAAUCUCCUAUCUAAAGACGGCACGGCUGCUCUAGCCGUCACAGCGUUCUCGCGCGACGGCAAAUAUUUCGCUUAUGGCAUCUCUCGCUCUGGAAGCGAUUUCUAUACCGUGUACAUCCGUCCAACUUCCGCACCGCUCGCGUCCAACGGUGAUGCGCAGGUUUCACACGAUGACCAUCGUCUCGGGGAUGAAAUCCGGUUCGUCAAGUUCUCCAGCAUCUCCUGGUCACACGACUCCAGGGGAUUCUUCUACCAGCGCUAUCCUGAGCGCAGGUCUCACGGUUCUGCAGAGGACGACAAGGCCGGUACGGAGACAGAAAGCGACAAAUAUGCCAUGCUUUAUUACCAUCGAGUAGGCACUUCGCAAUCUGAGGACAUCCUCGUGUAUAAGGACGAUACGAAUCCGGAAUGGUUUUGGGGCGCAGAACUCUCCGAAGAAGAUGGCCGCUAUCUCAUCAUGUCCGUGUCUAGAGACACAGCAAGGAAAAACCUCCUGUGGAUUGCUGAUUUAGAAAAGAACGAGAUCGGUCAGAGCAUACGAUGGGACAAGCUGAUCGAUGAGUUCGACGCCUCUUACAACUACAUCGCAAACGACGGCACCAACUUCUAUUUCCAAACGAACAAAGACGCGCCACAAUAUAAGCUAGUUAGAGUCGACAUUUCUGCGCCUCCAGAGCAGCGCACCUUCAAGGACGUAAUCCCUGAAGACCAGAACGCUCAUCUGGAAGAUGUCCUUGCUAUCACACAUGAUAAGCUCGUAGUCGUUUACAAGCGCAAUGUCAAGGAUGAAAUCUACAUUUACGACAUGGACGGUAGGCAGCUGGAGCGUGUGGCACCUGACUUCGUUGGUGCAGUCACCAUCGGCGGCCGCCGUUCGCAGCAGUGGUUUUUUGCGACGCUCACCGGCUUCACGAAUCCUGGCAUUGUCGCGCAAUACGACUUUACUCAGCAAGACCACAAAAGGAAGUGGAGCGUCUACCGUACCACGCUGCUGAAGGGUUUAAGAGCGGGAGACUUUGAAGCGCAGCAGGUCUGGUACAGCAGCAAGGAUGGCACGAGGGUUCCUAUGUUCAUUGUACGCCACAAGAGCACCAAAUUUGACGGCACAGCACCUGCUAUCCAAUACGGCUAUGGCGGCUUCACCAUCUCCAUCAACCCAUUCUUCAGCGCUUCUAUGUUGACUUUCCUGCAGCGUUACGGCGCUAUUCUCGCAGUGCCCAAUAUCCGGGGCGGUGGCGAGUUCGGAGAAGAGUGGCACCUGGCUGGCACGCGAGAGCGCAAAGUCAACUGCUUCGAUGAUUUCAUUGCUGCCACGCAAUACCUUGUAGACAACAAGUAUGCCGCCCGGGGUAAGGUUGCCAUCAACGGCGGCUCGAACGGUGGUUUGUUAGUGGCUGCAUGCGUCAAUCGCGCGCCAGAAGGGCUACUCGGAGCUGCCGUUGCUGAAGUCGGUGUGCUCGACCUUUUGAAGUUCGCAGACUUCACCAUUGGUCGGGCGUGGACGUCAGACUACGGUGAUCCGCAUGAUCCUCACGAUUUUGACUUCAUCUAUCCAAUUUCUCCAGUGCACAACGUGCCGAAGGACAAGGUUCUCCCUCCGACGAUUCUCUUGACGGCCGACCAUGAUGACCGGGUCGUGCCACUGCAUUCUUUCAAACAUGCUGCCACGCUCCAGCAUACCUUACCGCAUAACCCGCACCCUUUGCUCAUCCGUAUAGACAAGAAGGCGGGUCACGGGGCCGGGAAGUCCACAGACCAGAGAAUAAAAGAGGCUGCGGACAAAUGGGGAUUCGUCGCACAGUCGAUGGGGCUAGAGAUUGUGGACGCAGGUUCGAGCGUUUCUCGCUUCUAG